AUGCCCCUGGCAGCCGUAGGACAAAUCUGCUCCACAGCCUCCCUCUCUCACAACCUUCAACAAUGCCAAAAGCUGGUGAAGCAGGCUUCAGAAGCAGGUGCAGCCGCACUCUUCCUACCCGAAGCUUCCGACUACAUCAACACCAAUCCCUCUCUGAAGCUCUGCAAAUCUGUCGACGAUUCUGAAUUCGUCCAAGGCCUCCUCCAAUCCGCAAAACAGUACAAGCUGCCCAUCUCCGUAGGCAUUCACGAACCAGCCGCCGGAGACAAAACCAAGAACACAUUGAUUUGGAUCAACGAGGAGGGUAAAAUCACCCAACGCUACCAGAAACUGCAUCUCUUCGACGUCGACAUCAAAGACGGGCCGAGUCUGCAGGAAAGCAAGUCCGUGGAGCGCGGCACCGAGCUCCCGCUGCCCUUCGACACCGCCCUGGGCAAGAUAGGCAUGCAGAUCUGCUUUGACAUGCGCUUUCCCGAACCCGGCCUGGUGUAUGCGAAGCGCGGCGCGCAUAUCGUUACCUACCCUUCUGCAUUCACCACCGCGACAGGCGAGGCGGGGCAUUGGCAUAUGCUGUUGCGUGCGCGUGCGAUCGAGACGCAGAGCUACAUCGUUGCUGCGGGGCAGGUAGGAAAGCAUGACGAGGAGGGCAAGAGGCACAGCUACGGGCAUAGUAUGAUCAUUGACCCGUGGGGGAGGAUCGUUGCGGAGUUGGGAGGCGAGGCGGAUGAGCAUGGGAGGGGAUUGGACGAGGGCGAGAUUGCGUGUGCGGAGAUUGACAUCGAGUAUGUGGAGAAGAUCAGGAAGGAGAUUCCUUUGACGAGACGGACGGAUGUCUACGCUGAGUUGAGUUGA